GGCAUCUGUGGCAUCACAACACCCCCCGACCUGAACUCUGAUCUCGGAGAGCUUCUGUUCUGCUCCUGGGUUUUUUUUUUGAAUACUUGCACCCCAGGACGCUUGAUGGCCGGGUAGAGAGGUGUGCGGCUCCGCGGAACCUACAGCUGGAUUUAAUUUAGGGACUGGAAAGUGCGGAGGAAAUGGAGUGGUACUGAGACAUCUCGAACUCAGCUAGCUUGGCAUCAUGCCCUGUGCAGUGCAUCGGCGGUCUGAAUGAGUGCUGUGUGGUGUCUCCAGCCAUGGAUGAGAUGGACUGUAAACCGUACCAGCCACUGUCCAAGGCCCGGCGGGAGAUGGAAAUGUCUUACAGCAGCUCGUCGGACGAGAGCGAGAACGGUCGCCGUCAGAGAUCCUAUAAUUCGAGAGAAACUCUGCCCAACUACGACCAGGAUGCCCACCUCACGUACAACGGGCACAAAACGAGACCGAGCACCUUCAGCAAGAAAGCACAAGAUCUGGAGUUGAGCAAACCCGUGCAGAUCCUGAGCAGCGGCUUUCAGGAGGAUUGUGGCUAUUCGCUCGGCGUAGCUACAGGUUCAGAUGUGGACGACGACGCGGACGUAGAAGUGGAUCCGUCACCCAGCCUUCGUCUCUGGAUGGAGGACGGCCAGUCAGAGCAGAGUUCCUGUCUGUCCAGCCGAGCCAAUUCCGUCCUGUCUCUCACUGAUACGGAACAGGAGAGAAAAUCUGAUGCCAAGAGUGAUCUCCCCAGCAGUCCAGGUGGGCAGUUCACCUUCCGACCCCUGCCUCCUCCACCUCCUCCUCCACACGCCUGUACUUGUGCCCGUCCGGCACCCUACAGCCAGUCCACGCUGAAGAGGAGCACAAUGCCCGCUCAUGCCCGCAGCCAUGCCAACUCGGCAUCGGAGCAGAGAGACGGGCAGCCGGACAGUAACUGGAUGAUGAACAGUAACAUCCCUCUGGAAGCCAGGCAUUUCCUGUUUAAGCACGGCUCAGGUUCAUCAUCGCUGCUAAACACAGCCAAUCAGAACUACCCUCUGACCUCCAGUACGGUUUAUUCUCCUCCUCCUCGACCCCUGCCCCGGACCACCUUCUCCAGACCCACGUUCUCUUUUAACAAACCGUACAAGUGCUGCAACUGGAAAUGCACGGCGCUCACCGCCACCGCUGUGACUCUCACGCUGGCGCUGCUGCUCACCUACGUCAUCGCCGUGCACUUGUUUGGCCUGACGUGGCAUUUGAAGGCGUCGGAGGCUCAUCUGUACGAGAACGGCAUCAGCAAACAGAACGUGGACUCCAGGAUCAGUGCCAGUGCCAUCACCCCUUUAGACACGUACAGCAUGGACAAGAUCUUCCGCUCCCCCAAAGGAGAUAAGUACCAGCGUGGGCGAGCGAUCGAGCGCAGCGACGUCGAAAUCGGAACCCAGGUCCUGCACAUGAUCCCACCCGGGUUCUUCUGGCGCUUUCACAUGACCGUUCAUCACCCGACCUACAUCAAGUUUAACCUGUCUAUAUCCCAGGAUGCUCUUCUCGGCAUCUACGGAAGAAGGAACAACCCACCCACUCACACUCAGUUUGACUUCGUGAAGCUCUUGGACGGAAAGCAGCUGAUCAAACCAGAACCCAAAUCUUCAGAGAACCUGAGCUCAGCACAGAAGAACCUUCAGCUUAGCACUCUGCAGGACACCGGCUUCAUAGAGUACAUGGACCCCGGGACCUGGUACCUGGCUCUGUAUAACGACGGCAAGAAGACCGAGCAGGUCUUACUGCUGAGCUCCAUCAUCGAAUCUAUGGACGGCUGCUCCUCUAGCUGUAAUGGGAACGGUGAAUGUAUAGCUGGGCACUGCCACUGCUUUCCUGGAUUUCUGGGACCCAACUGCGAAAAAGACACGUGCCCGGUACUGUGCAGCGGUAAUGGCCAGUAUGAGAAGGGGCGGUGCAUCUGCCACGAGGGCUGGAAGGGGCCCGAGUGCAACAUCCAGGAGGACCAGUGCGUGGACCCGACCUGCUCAAACCAUGGAGAAUGCGUCCUGGGAAUCUGCAUCUGCAUCCCAGCAUACAAGGGCAACAACUGUGAACAAGUGGACUGUUUGGACCCCCAGUGUGCUGGCCAUGGUAUUUGUGUGAAGGGCGAAUGUCUGUGCUCCCCCGGUUGGGGUGGCAUGAGCUGCGAGAGCCCUCUGCCCGCCUGCCAGGACCAAUGUUCCGGUCAUGGCACAUACAUGCCUGAAACUGGCACCUGCGUGUGCCAACCCAACUGGACCGGAUCUGACUGCUUCACUGAGCUUUGCGCGGUGCCAUGCAGCAGUCACGGCAUUUGCUCCGGAGGGAGGUGCCAGUGUGAGGAGGGCUGGGAGGGCACGGCAUGUGAUCAGAAGGCCUGCCACCCACGCUGUGAGGAGCACGGCCAGUGUGUGGAUGGAAAAUGCCAGUGCAAGCCUGGCUGGGAGGGCGAACACUGUACCAUUGCUCACGAUCUGGACGUGGUUGUGAAAGAUGGAUGCCCGGGGCUGUGUAAUGGUAAAGGACGCUGUACCAUGGAGCAGAUCGGGUGGCACUGUGUAUGCCAGGUUGGCUGGAGUGGCCCGGGCUGUAAUACCAUGACAGAACGUGAGUGCGAGGAUAACAUCGACAAUGAUGAAGACGGACUGACGGACUGCAUGGAUCCAGACUGCUGUGAUCAUCCAGGCUGCAGUAUUAAAGUAUUUUGUCAGGGGGCCCCAGACCCCCUCACCCUGAUCCAGCCUGAUUCAUCACCGUCGUUACCAACACACACCUUCUACCAGCGGGUACGCUUCCUCCUGGGCAAGGCUGGCACCCACACUGUAUAUGGAGACACACCUUUUCAUACCAGCCGGGUGGCAGUGGUGCAGGGACAGGUCAUAGCUGUGGACGGUGCUCCUCUGGUGGGGGUAAACAUCACCUUCCAACAACAUCCAGAGUACGGCUUUACCAUCAGCAGAAAGGAUGGCAGUUUUGAUCUGGUGGCACCGGGGGCUGUCUCGGUGACCUUGGUGUUCCUGAGAGCACCGUUCCUGACGCAGAAGAGAACCAUCUGGCUGCCCUGGAACAAUUUUCUGGUGCUGGAUAAGGUGGUUAUGGCUCAGGUGGAGCUCACAGCCCAAACCUGUGAUAUCAAGAACUUCAUCAGUCCUUAUCCCAUCGUUUUACCUUCACCGCUGACCAGGUACACAGGGGAGUGUGCACUCCGAGGACCCAUCAUCCCAGAACUUCAGGCUGUACAGGAAGAGAUUCUCAUCCCCGACAGCUUCAUCAAACUCAGCUAUCUCAGCACCAGAGCUUCCGGCUACCAGACCCUGCUGCGGGUCAUCCUCACCCACACCUCCGUCCCUCCAGGACUCACCAAAGUGCACGUGUCUGCCGUCAUCGAGGGCAGGAAGUACCAAAAAUGGUACCCGGCAGCACCUGGACUGGUCUACGUUCUGGCCUGGAACAAAACUGACAUCUAUGGGCAGGAAGUGUUUGGACUGACCGAAGCUUCUGUUUCUGUAGGAUAUGAAUACGAAUCCUGUCCAGGUUUCAUUCUGUGGGAGAGGAGGAGCACUCUGAUCCAGGGAUUUGAGAUGAUGGGCUCCGGUUUGGGUGGCUGGACGCUUGACAAACAUCACAUUCUCAACGUGCACAGCGGUAUCCUGCACAAGGGGAAUGGAGAGAACAUCUUCAUUUCCCAGCAGCCCCCGGUUAUUAACACAGUGAUGGGAAACGGGUAUUACCGCACCAUUCCCUGUUUGGGCUGCAGUGGUCCGGCUCUGGAGGGUAAACUCUUCGCCCCUGUGGCUUUAGCCUGCGGUUCGGAUGGCAGCAUCUACAUCGGGGACUUCAACUUUGUGAGGCGUAUUCUACCGACGGGCUUCAUCUACAACAUCCUCGAACUCAAGAACAGAGACACCAGACACAGCACCAGCCCAGCUCAUAAGUACUACCUGGCCAUGGAUCCGAUGAACGAAGCUCUGUACCUGUCCGACACCAGCAGCAGGAGGGUGUACAGGCUAAAAACGCUCAGCGAACCCAAAGAUCCGGCCAAGAACCUGGAGGUGGUCGCAGGUACAGGGGAGCAGUGCCUUCCGUUUGACCAGAGCCACUGCGGAGAGGGCGGCAAAGCUACUGCCACGUCGCUCAACAACCCCAGAGGUAUUGCUGUGGACAAGAGGGGCUUCGUGUACUUUGUGGAUGGGACCACGAUCCAAAAGAUCAACGAGAGGGGAGUGCUGUCCACUUUUAUAGGAUCUAACGGCAUCCUUUCUGCCCAGCCGCUUAGCUGUGACUCUCGUAUGGACAUCACACAGGUGCGUCUGGAAUGGCCGACAGACCUGGCCAUCAACCCCGUGGACAACUCGCUCUACAUCCUGGAUAACAACAUCGUUCUGCAGGUGUCAGAAACCCUUGAGGUGCGUAUUGUUGCUGGUCGUCCGAUCCACUGCCAGGUCCCAGGUGUGGACCAUUUCCUGCUGAGCAAAUUAGCCGUACACUCCACCCUGGAGGCCGCCAAGGCUAUAGCGGUGUCGCACCAGGGUCUGCUGUACAUCGCCGAGACAGACGAGCGGAAGAUCAACCGCAUCCAGCAGGUCACCACCAACGGGGAGAUCUUGGUCGUGGCUGGAGCGCCAACUGACUGUGACUGCAAGAUUGACCCCAACUGUGACUGCUUCUCUGGUGAUGGCAGCUAUGCUCGUGACGCUCGCUUAGAAGCGCCCUCCUCGCUGGCCGUGGCACCCAACGGCACUCUCUACAUCGCCGACCUGGGCAACAUCCGAAUCCGCUCCAUGAGCGCCAACCGCCCGCAGCUGAACCCCGCCGGGAUGUUCGAGAUUGCGUCGGUGGUGGACCGUGAACUUUACCUUUUCAGUCCCAACGGCACCCACCUCUACACCAAACACCUGAUCACCGGCCACUUCCUGUACAACUUCACCUACCUGGCAAACGGGCACCUGAGCAGCGUGGUGACCCGAGACGGCAGCGCCAUCCACGUACGACGAGACGCCAGCGGAACACCGCUCUGGUUGGUGGCCCAGCGGGGGCAGAUUCACUGGCUCACUGUAAGUAACAGCCGCCUGCUGAAGAGGGUCUCUGCCCAGGGCCACGACAUCGCCCAGCUCUCUUACCAUGGCAACAGCGGUCUCCUAGCAACCAGGACUGAUGAGAAUGGCUGGACCACAGUGUAUGAGUACAACAGUGAAGGACAUGUCAUCAAUGUCACCUUCCCCACCGGAGAGGUCAGCAGCUUCCACGAUAAGAUGGAGAAGUCAGUCCGGGUGGAGGUGGACAGCUCCAACUCUGAGAACUUUAUCACCGUUACCAACUUCUCCUCCUCAGAUACCAUCUUCACUCUACGCCAAGACCACGCUCAGAACCUGUAUCGCAUCAGCUCCGACGCCUCCUUUCAUGUCACCUUUGCCAGUGGCAUGGAUGUCACGCUGGCCACCGAGACGCACGUUUCGGCGGGUGCCGUGAACCCGGCUGCUAGCAGGUGCAACAUCACGCUACCCAGCGAGCACAGUCCGAGCUUGAUCGAGUGGAGGCAACGGCGCGAACAGGCCAAGAGCAACCACAGCGCCUAUGAGUGCAGGCUGCGGGCUCAUAACCGAAAUCUGCUGUCCAUAGACUUUGAUCAGACCACCCGUAUGGGCAAGAUUUACGACGACCACCGCAAGUUUACUCUGAAGAUCCUGUACGACGAGCUGGGUCGGCCCAUCCUGUGGUCACCCAGCAGCAAAUACAAGCAGGUGAAUGUUACCUACUCACCUGCCGGACUGGUAACCAGCAUCCAGCGCGGGAACUGGUCUGAACGACUGGAGUACGAUAACGGCAGGGUGGCAUCGAGGACCUGGGUCAACGGCAAAAUCUGGAGCUACUCGUUUCUGGAGAAGUCGGUGGUGCUCCUGCUGCACAGCCAGCGCAGAUACAGCUUCGAGUACGAUCAGACCGACCGUCUCCUGGCAGUGACCAUGCCCAGCAUGGUGCGGCACAGUCUACAGUCCAUGCUCUCCGUCGGUUACUACAGGAACAUCUACAGCCCUCCAGACAGCAGUGCACACGUCAUGCAGGACUUCAGCCGUGAUGGGCGCCUGCUACAGACUCUCCACCUGGGCUCUGGCCGUCGUGUGCUCUACAGAUACAACAAGCAGGCCAGACUUUCCGAAAUCAUCUAUGAUACCACGCAGGUCACAUUUACCUACGAUGAUUCUUCAGGCCUGAUGAAGACCAUCCACCUGCUGCGUGACGGCUUCGUCUGUACCAUCAGGUACAGGCAGACCGGUCCGCUUGUGGGCCGUCAGAUUUUCCGCUUCAGUGAGGAGGGUCUGGUAAACGCCCGCUUCGACUACAGCUACAACAACUUCCGAGUGACCAGCAUGCAGGCCAUGAUCAACGAGACCCCUCUGCCCAUCGACCUGUACCGCUACGUGGACGUCUCGGGGCGUGUCGAGCAGUUCGGCAAGUUCAGCGUGAUCAAUUACGACCUGAACCAGGUGAUCACCACCCACGCCAUGAAGCACACCAAGAUAUUCAACGCCUACGGCCAGAUGAUCGAGGUCCAGUACGAGAUCCUCAAAUCCAUCGCUUACUGGAUGACGGUUCACUAUGACGACAUGGGUCGCACCGUUAUCUGCGACAUCCGGGUUGGCGUGGACGGCAACAUCACACGUUACCAGUACGAAUACGAUGCCGACAGCCAGCUGCAGACCGUCCUGAUGAAUGAGCGCCCCCAGUGGCGCUACAGCUACGACCUGAACGGAAACAUUAACCUGCUGAGCCACGGCACCAGCGCCAGGCUGACGCCGCUACGCUACGAUCUGCGUGACCGCAUUACCCGGCUGGGCGAGAUCCAAUACAAGGUGGAUGACGAUGGAUUUUUGCGUGUGAGAGGCAACGAUAUAUUCGAGUACAACUCCAACGGGCUCCUCACGCGGGUCUAUAACAAAGUGUCAGAGGAGAGCGUGCAGUACAGCUACGACGGGCUCAGCAGACGCGUCGCUAGCAGGUCCAGCACUGGCCGGCAGCUUCAGUUUUUCUACGCGGAUCUGGCUCAUCCCACCCGCGUCACGCACAUGUACAACCACAGCAGCUCCGAAAUCACCUCCCUGUAUUACGACCUGGAGGGCCACAUCAUCGCCAUGGAGCUCAGUAGCGGAGAGGAGUACUACGUAGCUUGUGACAACACGGCCACGCCCCGGGCCAUUUUCAGCAGCCGAGGAGAAAUCAUCAAGGAGAUCCACUACACCCCAUACGGGGAUAUUUAUCACGACUCCAACCCUUCCUUCCAGCUGAUUAUCGGAUUCCACGGUGGAAUGUACGAUCCUUUCUCGAAGCUGGUGCACUUCGGGCGUAGGGACUACGACGUGGUCGCGGGAAGGUGGACCACGCCCGACUACAACCUGUGGAGGGAGCUGAGCGCCAGCCCGAAACCUUUUAAUCUCUACAUGUUUAAGAACAACUGCCCCGUGGGAAACAUCGAGGAGGUCACUCAGUUUACCACAGAUAUCGGCAGCUGGUUGCAGCUGUUUGGGUUCCAGCUCCACAACGUGGUACCUGGUUUUCCUAAACCUGACCCAGGUAUGGAACAGACCUAUGAAAUGAUGAAAACCCAAACCAAAACCCAGGACUGGGACGCCAGUAAAGUGGUUCUGGGUAUUCAGUGCGAGCUUCAGCGCCAGCUACGAUCCUUCAUCUCUUUAGAGAGGCUCCCCAUGACUCCUCCAAUCGGCCGCCUGCACCAGUGUUCGAGCCAGACUCCGCUGUUCUCCACCCUCCCCUCCAUCUUUGGCAAGGGCAUCAAAUUCUCCAUCAGGAACGGCGUCGCGUCCGCAGACAUCAUCAGCGUCACCAGCGAGGACAGCCGGCGCCUGGCGGCUAUAAUCCAUGGCGCCGUGUACCUGGGGGGCCUGCACUACACCGUGGACGGGCGCGACACGCACCACUUUGUUAAACUGGGGCCUCUGGAGGAGGACCUGUUGGUGAUGAGCGGCGCCGGAGGGCGCGUCAUGGAGAACGGCGUGAACGUCACGGUGACGCAAAUGACGUCGUCCAGUGGUGGAAGGACUAGGCGCGUGGCUGACAUACAGCUCCAGCAGGGGGCGCUGGGUUUGAACGUCCGCUACGGGGCUUCAGCCCACGAGGCCAGGGAACACAUUCUGGAGCUGGCACGGGAGAGGGCCGUGGAACGGGCGUGGGCAAAGGAACAGAGCCGGAUUUUAGACGGUGAAGACGGCAGCCAGGCAUGGACAGAAUCGGAGAAACAGCAGCUGCUUUCUAAUGGUAAGGUCACUGGGUACGAUGGAUAUUUUGUCCUGCCAGUGGAUCAGCACCCGGAGCUCGCUGACAGUGCCAACAACAUUCACUUCAUGAGACAAAGUGAGGUUGGACGGAGGUAACGCCAGGUCAGACCUGGCUGCUU